AUGUUUCAUAGGUCAAGUAAGAGUCUGAAAAAUUUCUCUUUCCAUUUGAAAACUGCUGGAGCCAGGAAGCCCCACUGCGUCACCUGCUCCGUCUGCCUGGACGUCUUGGACGACCCCGUCUCCAUCGAGUGCGGCCACAACUUCUGCCUCUUGGCUCACUGGUGUCAGGUCUUGUCCCAGACAUACCGGUGCCCGGAGUGCCACCGCCCCUGCUCCAAGGACAGGAUGACCCCAGACACACGCAUCAAAAACCUAGUACAGAAAAUCAGAGACACACCACAGGAGGGGAGAGAGACAGAGCGGCAGGGGUCGGGGGCUCAACCAGAGCUGGGGCGCCCAGUGAAUCUGGUGCGUCUGGAUGACAAAGGGGGCCUGAUCCUGGACAAGGAGGCCCUGAGCCGCUGCCUGGAGCAGGGUGGAGUGGGGGACGCCCCCGUCUGCCUGGUGUCCAUCAUCGGGGAGCAGCGCUGGGGCAAAUCCUUCCUGCUGAACUACCUGCUCCGCCGGCUCCGGAGCCCGGACGCGAGGGACGGGUCAUGGAUGGGCCAGGGGGACGAGCCCCUGGAGGGGUUUGAGUGGCGCGCAGAUGAGCAGCAGGUUACCAAGGGGGUUUGGGCAUGGAGUCAGCCCUUCUGGGUCCCGGCCAAGGUGGGGAAGGUGGCCGUGCUGCUGGUCGACACCGAGGGCUCCAUGGACAUUGAAAGGAACAAGGAGACCAGCAUCAAACUCUCCGCCAUGUCCAUGCUGCUCAGCUCCUACCAGAUACUGAACGUUGGCCGUCGGCUGAAGGACCCGGAUCUCGAAUACCUGGAGAUGUUUGUGCAGGUGGCCGAACAGGUGGGAAAGGAAUACGGACUGGAGCCCAUUCAGCAUCUAGACCUGCUGGUGCGGGAUUGGAGCAGCUCCCUGGUCCUUGGAGCCCAGGGUGGGGAGCAGUAUCUGAGAGACGUCAGACAGAGGCUGGAGACAAUGUCCCCCUGCAAACACCCCAAGGCCCUGGAAGCGCUGAAGAGAAUCAGCACCUGCUGUUACCUGAUGCCCUUCCCCGGCAAGCGGAUCAUGAUUGGGAGCCAGGGAACCCUGAGAGACAUGGAUGAGGAUUUCCGGGAGAGCCUGAGGGAAUACAUCACCACCCUGGUGAGCUCGGCCAGUCGACACGUCCGGACGGACCGGCAUGGGGAGCUGCUCACCGGGACACAGCUCGCUGCCUGGAUAAAGAAUUUAUCUGAUGUGAUGAAGAAGCAUCGCUUUGGCUUCGCCUCUCCCUGUCAGAUGGCCAUCACCUUCCACAACCAAAAUAUCAUGAACACAACCCGCCGAGACCAUGCUGACUUUCUGAACGAUAAGGACCGCGAAUCCCGGAACAUGUUUGCCUGCUUGAAGGUGAGGCCAAGCAAGAUGGUGGAGCAGUUCGAGGAAAAGCACCUGGAGUUGCUGUGGUGGUGCCAGGUGGAGAUGCGGGAGCCGGCGCCGGAGAAAGAGACCCUGCUGACAGAGCUGGAGGCGGAGCUGAAGCAGGAGGCUGAGACCUUCCUGGAGAUCUACAGGAAGCGCUUCAAGACAUUUGUCAUUGCGGUGGGCAUUGGCACAGGGGCACUGGUCCUGGCACCGGUGGGGGGAGCUGCCGGGGUCGGGGUCGCUGCUGCUGUGCUCGGUAUAGCUAAGGCAGCAGCCAUUGGAGCCGGGGUGGGUGCCGUGGCUGGGAUGUGUGUGGGCGGCAGCGUGGGACGGGGAGUUGGUGAGAAUGUCACCUGGAAGGAUAAGCAGAGGGCUGAGGCCACCGCCAGCCAACGGGAACAGGGGGAUGGCACUGAGGAGCAAUCCGAUGAGGCUCCCCCGAUCAGAACAGUGCACCCCCAAGUCUGGGGUGACAAAUAA